AUCUGAAACUGGUCGGCCAUGCUGUGAAAAGCAGUGUGAUGUGACUGAUGCAGCGGCGGACUGACAACUCAUGGGGCCCCCGGGCAAUAGGGGAUCAUGGGGCCCCUGUGUCAUUGCCCAAACUCAAAAAAGCCUAUGAAAAAGGUAGCAGGGGCAUCUCAUGGGCCCCCCUACUGACCCCGGGCCCUCGGGCAGUGUCCUAGUUUCCAAAUGGUCAUUCCGCCCCUGGACUGAUGUGACUGCCAAGUGCCAAUCA